CACAGCGGCGGAGAGGAGGCAGCGGCGGCGGCGGCGGCGGCGGCGCAGCUUGGGCGAGCGAGGCGGUGCCCGCACGGCCCAGCGCGGUCUGCGGGGGGCGCCCGCACCGGGAGCAGCAGGAGGAGGGGCUGGAGACGGACGCGCGGCGGCGCCCUGCCCGGGAAAGUAAAGUUGGAGCCGGAGGCUGCGCGGGGGGGCCCGGAGGAGCGGCGGCCCGCACCCCGGUGCGCCGACCCCUAGCCGGCCGGAUGGGAGGCGGAGCGCCCGGGCCGCCGCCGCCUGCAGCCUGCGCCUCGGCCGGGCGCCGGGACCGAGGAGCCGCUGAGGCCCGCCCGACCGGGUGCCGCGUCGCCGUGGCCUCGCGGCCGGGGCGCUCCCCGUGAGCCGGCCGAGGGCGGGGCCGCGAGGACCCCGGGACCUGCCCCCUCCCCCCGCUGCCGCGUCGCCGCCCGCUCCGGGCGCCUCCUGCUCUGCACUAACGCGCGCGGCAGCUGCGGGGAGCCGGCAGCCACGCUCUCCGGCGAGCCGCUCGCCUGCGGAGCCAACACGGCCGCGGGCCGGCGGCGGGGCGCCGCGGUUCCCGGUGGGCGCGCCCGAGGAGUAGGCGGCGAUGCGGGCGCCGACCCGGGCUGGGGGGCUCCUGAGCUGCCGCGGCGGCGCCCCGGCUCCAGGCGGGACCGCGUAGCUCACGGGAGGACCAUGGCGUCCCCGGCGCUAGCGGUGGCGCUGGCGGCGGCGGCGGCGGCGGGACCCAACGCGAGCGGCGCCCGCGAGUGGGGCAGCGGUGGAGCCGCCAACGCCUCCGGGGUCGCCUGGGGGCCGCCCCCGGGCCAGUACUCGGCGGGCGCCGUGGCGGGGCUGGCGGCGGUGGUGGGCUUCCUGAUCGUCUUCACCGUGGUGGGCAACGUGCUGGUGGUGAUCGCGGUGCUGACCAGCCGCGCGCUGCGUGCCCCCCAGAACCUGUUCCUGGUGUCGCUGGCCUCGGCCGACAUCCUGGUGGCCACACUGGUCAUGCCCUUCUCGCUGGCCAACGAGCUCAUGGCCUACUGGUACUUCGGGCAGGUGUGGUGCGGCGUGUACCUGGCGCUCGACGUGCUCUUCUGCACCUCGUCCAUCGUGCACCUGUGCGCCAUCAGCCUGGACCGCUACUGGUCCGUGACGCAGGCCGUGGAGUACAACCUGAAGCGCACGCCGCGCCGUGUCAAGGCCACCAUCGUGGCCGUGUGGCUCAUCUCGGCCGUCAUCUCCUUCCCACCGCUCGUCUCGCUCUACCGCCAGCCCGACGGCGCCGCCUACCCGCAGUGCGGCCUCAACGACGAGACCUGGUACAUCCUGUCGUCCUGCAUCGGCUCCUUCUUCGCGCCCUGCCUCAUCAUGGUCCUGGUCUACGCGCGCAUCUACCGCGUGGCCAAGCUGCGCACACGCACGCUCAGCGAGAAGCACACCGCCGCCGGCCCGGACGGCGCGUCCCCGACCACGGAGAACGGGCUGGGGGCGCCGACGGGCGCGGGCGAGAACGGGCACUGCGCGCCCCCGCGCCGCCCGCGCGCGGACGUGGAGCCCGAGGACAGCAGCGCGGCGGCCGAGAGGCGGCGGCGCCGGGGGGCGGUGCGGCGAGGUGGGCGGCAGCGCGCGGACGGCCAGGCGGGCGAGGGCGGCGCCGAGGCGCGGGCUCCCGGGCCCGCCGAGCAGGGCGCGCUGGCCGCCGCGAGGUCCCCGGGCCCCGGCGGCCGCCUGUCCCGCGCCAGCUCGCGCUCCGUCGAGUUCUUCCUGUCGCGCCGGCGCCGGGCGCGCAGCAGCGUGUGCCGCCGCAAGGUGGCUCAGGCGCGCGAGAAGCGCUUCACCUUCGUGCUGGCCGUGGUCAUGGGCGUGUUCGUGCUCUGCUGGUUCCCCUUCUUCUUCAGCUACAGCCUGUACGGCAUCUGCCGCGAGGCCUGCCAGGUGCCGGACCCGCUCUUCAAGUUCUUCUUUUGGAUCGGCUACUGCAACAGCUCGCUCAACCCGGUCAUCUACACGGUGUUCAACCAGGACUUCCGGCGCUCCUUCAAGCACAUCCUCUUCCGCCGCAGGAGAAGGGGCUUCAGGCAGUGACGGGUGCGCCCCGCCUGGCGCGGAGACCCCGGGCGGCUCCGGGAGGAGGGGGCGGGCGGGCGUGGCCCCCAGAGAAAGCGGGUUCCAUUCCCCGGGGACCCAGGGAUGGAUUGGCCUCCAGGGCGCAGGGCAGGCGCAUGGGCGGAUGAGACCCAAGCGCCCCCGGGAGAGGGGAGGAGAAAGGGGAGCCCCUCUGCCUUCCCAUCUCAGCGAGGGGCUGCUGGCGAGGCUGCAGGCCUGGAUCCCGCUCAGGGGGCCCUGCCGAGGGGGGGCUGUCAGGUCGGGGUUGUAGCCACAGAGGCGCUGGCAACCCUCCAGACGGUGAGAAGCCCCCAGACGCGCCCCGCCCCCACCUCCGAGCAAGGGCUGACUUCCCCAGGGACCCAGGGGGCGCUGUCGGGGAGGCACUGACAGCCUUUGGUAACUGAAAGUAUUGAAAUGUUUGCCAAAAAACGACAACCCCAACAACCAAACUAUUUUCUAAAUAAACCUUUGUAAUCUAA